CUUCACGACAAGGAAGAUCUCUUCUUGUAUAGUAGUCCGCUUAAAUUAAUUUCGAUUUGUUUCUUCAAGCAGUUUUAAAAUCCGAAGUGCGUAUAUGUACAUCUAGCUAGAUAUGAUAUUUUUUAUGGUGAAUGAAGUUAACUAUACUUCCUCCUUAGCUACAUAUCUGGUUACUUGAUGUUUCCUCACUUUGGGUCAUGUUGUCCUGAAUUUUUCCUUCUUUAGUGAAGUAUCGCAUAGCUGAUUCAUUGGAUUUAUUAUCUGGAUUUUCUUCACGAAACAUUUAUACGAAUGUUCUAACCUAUGCUCAUUGUGAAAGGAUGGCAACAAAUGGGGAUGAUGAAUCUGAGUCAGAGCUGACAGAGCUCCGAGCGAAAGUGAAGGCACUGAAGAAGAAGCUGAAAACUUGUAAAAGUGAGUUGCACAGGUUACAGAAGAAACUCAGCAAGACAGAACAUCAGCACAAGAACACAGAACGAUACAACGAAGACUUAAGAAAGCAGGUUAAUAAAUUAAGUGCAGAAAUCCAUGAACGAAAGAAGAAAGAAAAGAAGAGAACAAAUGCAGAGACUCAAACCGAUGAUUAUUUGUGGACAGAAUCAGAUUACUACAACUACUAUUAUGGAGGUUAUUACCAGAGCGGAAACGAGCCUUCGGCAGCACAAGAGGAUUCAAAGUGUGAAGCCACUCUGGAAAGCCACAAGCCACCAGAGGCAUGUCCAGAUUCUACAGAAAGUGCCCCGGAGAGCAGCAGUGUGGCAGAGGAGGAUGUCACUGCCUGCAGAUCAGAGGAGACCAAUGGCACCUCAAUUGCUGACAUGAUCCGGGCUACAGCUGAAGAAGCAGUGUCCCAGACAGGAUUUGUUUUCGACGAAACAUCUGGGAUGUAUUACGACCACAGUACAGGCUUCUACUAUGAUUCGACCAGCCAACUGUACUAUGAUGCCAACACUGGGAUGUACUAUUACUAUGACACGGAGAGUGGGCGGUACCAGUUUCACUCUAGAGUGGACAUGCAGCCUUAUCAGGCCACUGCAGAGUUGGGCCACGACAAAAAGGGCAAAAAAAGGAAAGGAGCUGAAAGAUCUUCUCUGAAAGACAAGGUUCGAGAUGUGACUAACUCAUUGGCUAAUAUGAAGAUUGGCUCAGUAGGAAAAAUUCCUCCAAGUAAAGGUCCGUGUGACUUGAAUAAGAAGUGUUGGAGACUGAGCCUCAGGGGUGAGACUGAAGCGGGCGAGUGUCAAGGCAGGAAGCUGGAACAGAAGCGAAAGAGGGCUGGCCGCAGGUCCCGUAGCCCAGACCUCUCAGAGGAUGGGGAAAUCACCGAGGAGAAGGAGUCUCAGAAGGCCCCUCAGAGUGUGGCGCGUGUUUGCGAGCACUCCCGCGACUUGAGCAGCGAGAGCGAGCCCGAGGAGGGUGAAAUUAGAGAGUCUGACAGGGAGCAGCACUCGCUCUCCGAGCCAUCUGCCUCUGACAGCUCCGGGUCCGAAGGGGAAUGUCCUGAAGAAGCAUGGCCGCCCUGUGUGAGGGUCACGGUUGUCCGCUCACCAGUGUUGGAGACGGGAACCCUGUACAUCAUCACUGCUGACACACCGGCGACCAUUGGCAGAGAGAAGGACAUGGAUCAUACCAUCCGAAUACCUGAAAUGGGUGUCAGUAAGUUCCAUGCUGAAGUCCGUUUUGAUCAGGAUCUGCAGUGCUAUGUACUGGUGGACCAGGGGAGCCAGAAUGGGACCGUUAUUAAUGGGAACAGGAUUCUCCAACCUAAAUCCAAGUCUGAUCCCUGUGUAUUGGCACAUGGUGACGAGGUCAAGAUGGGGGACACCGUCCUGUCCUUCCACAUCCACCCAGGAAGCGACACGUGCGACGGCUGUGAGCCCGGCCAGGUCUUCGCUCACCUCAGCCGCCACAGGAGGGAGGAGGCGGGGGGACCAGUGAUGAGCAAAGAGGACAAAGAAUUGCAGAGGCAGAAGGAACUUAAACAGAUGAAAGUGAAAUAUGGCCUGACUAACAGCGAGUACGAUGGUACCAAAGCCCUGAAGAACCCCAGGUACAAAGACCGUGCUGAAGAGCGCCGCCAAGUGGUGGGAAGCGAGGGGAUCUUCCAAAGAGAAGAUGCCCCAUCCUCUGUUCAUGUGGAAAUCAGUGAUGCCAACAAAGGACGGAAAAUGCUGGAGAAAAUGGGCUGGAAGAAGGGUGAAGGGCUUGGGAAGGAUGGAGCAGGAAUGAAAGAUCCGAUUCAGCUUCAGAUCAGGAAGUCACAAGCAGGACUUGGAGUUAAUGCCUCUGUAUCGGUGGACGACCUGACCUUGCCUCAGUUCAAGAGCAAGAAGAACUGGGAGAAAGCCAGGGAAAGGUUCGCUGACACAUGCCGGACGCCGAGCACCUCUGUUAAGAAAGACCAACACAAGUCGAAGUCGUGGGUUAAAAGUGAAACAAAUGAGUCAUCAAAAAGUACCUGAGUAUAGGACUGGGUUGUUGUUGUUUUUUUAUUGUAUUUUUCAUUUUUAUCCGACUCUUGCUAAAAGUCCAGAAUACAACUCUUGGCAUUUUCUCAGAUAUAAUUGUGAUUGUGCUGCUAACAAAAGAGACAAGACCUUUUUAUUUUCAUCUGUUAAUCCAUUUAUUUGUGUCAUCCAUGUGAUCCUGCAACGUAGCAAUGUGAAAUUAUGAAAUAAAUUCAUUUUUUCCUAAA